AUGCACUUCUCCAAGGCUGGGAUCUUGACCAUAUUGGCGGCCCUGCCCAGCACCCUUGCCUGCCUCGGCUAUGAGGGCGGUGUUCCUACUGCUACAUCCACCAAGACCAACAGCAACUAUAUCGAGGUCAAAGCCGGCCAGGUCUACGAUGGCGGUUGGGCUAGAUUCGAUCGUGGCUCCGGUGCCUGUAAUAGCGGUGAAGGGGGCCAAGCUGAUGCUGUUUUCUUGCUUCGUCGUGGUGCAACUCUGAAAAACGCCAUUAUUGGCAAGAACCAGAAAGAGGGUGUCCACUGUGACGGUCCUUGCACCCUUGAGUUUGUCUGGUUCGAAGAUGUCUGCGAGGACGCCAUCUCAGUUAAAAAUGACAAGGCUGGUGAUCACACCUGGAUUAUUGGCGGCGGUGCCUAUAAGGCUGGCGACAAGAUCAUCCAGCACAAUGGCUGUGGUACCGUGAACAUCAUCAACUUCUACGCCAACGACUAUGGCAAGGUCUACCGCUCUUGUGGCAAUUGCAGCAGUCAGUGCAAGCGCAACGUCUACGUCGAGGGCGUUACGGCGUACGGUGGUGGCGAGAUUGUGGGUAUCAACUCUAACUACGGUGAUACCGCCACCCUCAAGAACGUCUGCACCGAUGCCAAGGUCAAAUGCCAGAUGUACAAUGGAUGCGCUGGUGGCUGCGAGCCCAGCAAGUCCGGCGUCUGCUCCGGGUAA